CCGCGGCGCGAUGCUGCAGAGGACGCAGCAGCUGUUCGGGCUCCUCUCCUCCGGAGGAGGAGCAGCACCUCCGGCUGUGGCACUCUGAGGGAACUCCUCCUCCUCCUCCUCUUCUUCUUCUUCUUCUUCUACUUCUUCUUUCCUGCAAUUUUUUUCAAAAAAAGGAUUUAAAACCACCAACAACAAUGAGGGACGCGUCGUGUCCGGCGGCCGCGCGGCUCCUAUUGCUCGGCGCGCUCCUGUACGUGCACGCGGACGCCAAGGGGACUUUCUACGGGGGCCACGUCCACCCGUUCUACGGGAACAGAUACAACCUGUUCAAGGCCGGACCCAGCCCCCCCCACCCGCCCCACAAGCCCAUGACCCGACACAAGAACCACUGCGCCUACGUGGUCCAGAGGAACGUCACGUGCACCAUGCAGGACGGAGCGGCCGCCUUCGUGAAGGCGGAGUACACCACCCAGUGCAUCUGGGGCCAGAAGUGCCCCGUCGUCAUGUACCGGACGUUCUUCAAGCCCAAGUACAAGGUGGGGCACAAGCAGGUGACGGAGCUGGAGUGGAGAUGCUGUCCCGGUUACUCUGGAGAGAACUGCUACGACGGACCCACGUCGCUGCCUGACGUCGUGGCUCCGCCUUUCAGAGGCGGGGGGGCGGCGCCCCACCGGCCGGGCGUGAAGGGCUUCCCCCACGGCCCUCGGCCGCCCGUGGACCAGCGGCCCGGCGGAGGCCAGCUGGAGCCCGGCAGGCCCUUCCCCGGCUCGCCCAACUAUGGAAAUACAUUUGGAGUUUCGGGCGUGACCGGCGAGCGUCUGGACCGCAUGGAGGAGGUCGUGCGUCGCCUCGCCCACGGCCUGGACACCCUCAACGGGGCGGUGGCCGGCCUGGAGGAGCGGCUGCGCACCACCCUGAGGGAGGACGCCAACCAGUUCCUGGCGUCCCUGCUGCCGAACCCGGCCCGCGUGUCCGACUCCGCCGUCGGGUUCGGGGUGAUCCCGGACGGGACCCCCGACGGACUGGAGGGAGGGGAGAGCUUCGCUGGUUUCGGAGACUUGGCGGGUCGGGUGACGGAGGUGAAGGAUGAGCUGCGAGCCAAAGCUCACGUCCUGGAGGAGAUUCAGGGGAUGGUCCUGGGCCACGAUGGCCAGCUGAAGAGGCUCAUGGAAGGGGCCCGGGGCCGGCCCGUCCCUCAGCCCGGCUCGCCGCCGCACCUGGAGGAGGUCCUGGACGCCAGGCUGGCCGGCGUGCGGGCCGAGAUCCUGGACGGCUUCGAGCGCCGCCUCACCGGCCUGGAGAGCCACUGCGACGAGAAGAUGGGGGCGGUGCAGAGCCAGUGCCGCCGCGAGCACCUGGACGGCCGCGAGCAGAUGCGGCAGUCGCUGGACGGACGGGAGACCGGCAUCCGGCAGGAGCUGGGCUCGCUGCAGGCUCAGAUCCAGGGUCUGACGCUCACGGAGAGCUGCUGUGGACAGGUGAACAGCCUGUCGCACCGCGUGCUGCACCUGGAGGAGUCCGUCAAAGGUCUGACGGAAUCCCAGCGGCAGCUCCAGGGCGACCUCGCCGACCAGAGCGUCCACGUGGAGACGCUGAUCGAGACCCGCUUGGUGGACAUCGAGGACCGCCUCAACGCCGAGGGCGACGGAGCGGCGGGGCUCCCCGGCGGCCUGGACGGCUUCAAGACCCUGCUGGAGGACAAGCUGAGGACCCUGGAGGAGAGGGUGUUGGUGGCGGUGGAGGAGCUGAGCAACGCCACGGCUCCAGCGCUCCUGGAGGGUCAGGCGGUGCCGGCGCUGGAGACGGAGCUGGAGUCCGUGAGGAGGCGGGUGGAGGGAGACCUGGACGGCAUUCAGAAGCAGCUGACGGAUCUGGAGCUCCUGUGCACCUCCUCUUGCUCGCCGUCCGCCCCGCCGGCGGGGGGCGGGGAGGAUUGCGGAGCGACGGGGAAGGAGAUGACGGACCGCCUGGACUCCCAUUCCAACCAGCUGCACCUCCUCAACAGCACCCUGCAGAACCUGCUCCUCCACGUGGCCCGGGAGGAGUCGGAGGGCGUCGUGCAGGGCGAGAUCACCCUGCUGAAGGUCAACAUCAACUCGGUGAACCGCACCCUGAAGGGCCUGAAGGACUCCAUCCGCUUCGUGGCGAGCGAGGUGGGCCACGCCAACGCCUCGUGGGAGCAGCGGGAGAACCAGAUCCUCAACCAGGUGCAGGGCAUCACCCGGCUGGUGGGCCGCCAGGCGUCCCUGCUGGGGGCCGAGGAGCGCCGGCUGGCCCAGCUGAAGGGCGAGCUGGCGGCCCUGAAGCGCCGGCUGACCGGCGAGCUGCGCGGCUGCCGGAGCACGGCGCUGGAGGCGCAGCGGGAGGUGAAGGACGUCAACAGCCGGGUGAGCAGCGUGGAGGGCCAGUGCGGCAGCCUGGGGCAGCUGGCGGAGCACCUGGAGCGCAUCAGGGCGGAGCUGGAGAGGCACUCGGACUCCUACCUGGCCGAGAUGCAAAUGACCUGAACAGUGGAAGACGACCAGCUGUCCCGUGUUUUAGCUCAGAGAGACGAUAGUUGCACAUUAUUCCUCCCCAUGAGAUUUUUAUAUUUUUGUUGUUCUUCUUCUCUGAUUGUUUUGUUUUCCACAUUGAGCUUUGUGUUUUAACUUAUAAGAAGUUGCAUGGUUAUGAUGUUAAACUGUUUAUUUUUUAGAGAAAUGAUUGAACAAAGUGGACGACGUGGGACUGGAACGCUGCUAACGGACGCUGUACGGCAACUCGGUGCUAUUUACCAUUUGUUUGUGAAACUUCAGUUCAUCAAGUGUUUAAAAAAACAACAACAACAAUAUGUAUUUCUGCUUUCUGUUUUGUUAUUCUCACGGAAGUUCCACAACUCACCGCUAGGGGGCAAUGACAACACGUCACAAGGUAGAUUACAAUAAAUACAAACCUAAAGAAAUGUGUUUUGGACAUUUACUUUUCACAAUGCAUUAAAUUAAAUUAAACUUU